AUGGCGGCUGGGGAAUGGUUGCAGAUGGUACUCUGUGUGCAUGUCUAUGGUGAACAGAGCAAGUGUGAUAUCAGGAAACGCCAGAUGUUUCACACUGUGGAUGUGGCAAGACACGUUGGUGAAGAAGUUGCUGAUCAUCUCACAGAAAUACUCUCCAGAGAGGACCUGGAGCGCCUGAGAACUAAAGAUGGAUACUGGAAGGCAUUUGUGGAAGCAGCAGAGUUGUCAAGCAAGGAGGAAGCUGCCCUGCAUGAUGCGUUGCACAAGCAUUUAACACAGCCACCCACAGAAGAUGACCAUCUUCAAAGGGAAGAGCAGAGAAAGAGGUUUUUGGAAGAAUUUCCUCCGUUGAAAAGCAAACUUGAAGAACACAUCAGGAAGCUCCGAGACCUGGCUGACCAUCUUGACCAGGUGCACAGGGGCUGCACCAUCUCCAACGUGGUGUCUGGCUCUGCUAGCACUGCCUCUGGGGUCCUGGGCAUCCUGGGUCUAGUUCUGGCACCCUUUACAGCAGGGGCCAGUCUGACGCUCUCGGCAACUUCCUUGGGGCUGGGAGUGGCGGCGUCUAUGAGUGGUGUACCGACCACCAUGGUGGAGGAUUUAAGUAGACUGUCAGAUGAAGCUGAAGCCAGUCGCCUGGUCGGAGCCAGCAUGGACAUACUGAAUGCGAUUCUGAAGAUCUUGCCUAAGAUUACAGUCAAACUUGUUAAAAGAGGUGUAGAUCUUUUUGGUAAAUUGAAAGCCCUCCGGGAUCAUAUCCGAGCCAUCAGGGCAGCCAGAGCAGGCUCUCGCUCUGCACAAGCUUCUAGGCACGUGAGGAGUACCUUAGCCGACUCUGCUCGCCCAAUGACCAGAGGAGCCAGGAUUAUAAAAGGAGCUGUAACCAGUAUCUUCCUUGGCCUGGAUGUGUAUCACCUUGUGGUGAACUCAAAGGAUUUGUAUGAGGGACAAUCCCUAGAGUCAGCCAGAGCUCUGCGGGACCUGGCCCACAAGCUGGAGGAGAAGCUGCAGGAAUUUGGGCAGACCCACAGUGCUCUGCAGUCAGCCCUGUCUCAAUGACCCCUCCCACAAGCAGCUAAGAGUUCAGGG